AAAUUUUAUCCCUUUUUUCCUUACUAAUCUCGAAAUAGUACUAAAGCAGGAGAAAACCUACCGUCAUCGCAAGCUCAUCAUCAGUUCCUGUCCCGACGCUAUGCAUGUCCUCAUGGCUCUUUUCCACAGUCUGAGCUUCACCAUUUCGCAUAGUCUGCUCGUUGGUUUGCGAAGAAGAAUCCUGAACUUGAUCAUAGCACUUCAGUGUGUCGCUGGUUUGCGUAGAGGUAUCUGAGGACGUCUGGAAGCAUUCAGUCUGUGUUUGAAUAUUUUCGCGAAUGUCCGGACCCUCCUCGAUGGUCUGGACUUCACCAUUGCACUUAACCGGUUGGUUGGUUUGUGCACAGCCGUCCUGAAAGUCAACAUUUGUAAAUGCUACUGA